GAAUAAAAUAAUAUUAUAAAAAGGACCCCUCUUCGCUCAGGCUUCCCAAAAUCACCAUUAUAAAAACCUUCCCUUGUUAUUCCUUCUCAACAACAACUUAAAAAAAGAAAAACAAAACACUCUCAGAAAACAAAUACUCUCUUUCUUUUUCCAUCUCUGAUCAGCUGACAUAUAUACACAUGAAAAUCCCCUCUAUUUCUCACUGACAAAAACUCGAUUUGUUUAUUAUUAAUAUUAUUUAUUUGAUGAGAGUAAUAUUAUUACUGCCUUGUUUUGAGAAAAAUAUAUGGAAAAGCAUAUGAAAACCAUGACGACUGCUAUUGCUGCUGCUGCUCCUACCACUCCAUCGCCAACAUCGCCAGCACCAACGACUUUCGUCCAAGCAGACCCAAACACUUUUAAAGACCUAGUCCAGAAGCUGACCGGCUCGUCCGGUGACACCGAGAAGCUCCCGGUCACCCUCCCGACCAGGCUGUCUUCUAAACCCAGCAUUCUGGUCGACCCAACCGGCCCUCGCCGGUCACCUUUCAAGCUCCAAGACCGGAGACAAACGAUGAGGAAGCUCGAGAUCAAACUGAGCCUCGCCACCAUCGGCGGCAGCAGCGGAACGGUUCCGGCGCCGGGCUACCAAUAUCACCUCUCGCCGCGUCAGAUUCACUGGGUCGACUCACCGAUUCCGAGCCCGGUGACUCCCUUAGGGUCCGAGUCGCUCUUCGUGCCGAGCUCGGGCUCGCCGUCGCCGUCGUCGCCGGCGGUGUCGGAGGAGGAGAGGGCGAUUGCCGAUAAGGGGUUUUACUUGCACCCUUCGCCGCUGAGCACGCCGCGGGCGUCGGAGCCGCCGGAGCUCUUGAAUCUCUUUCCGUUGACUUCUCCGAGUCGUCAUCUUGAUCAUCACGACAAAGCUCGGGAUUAAUUGGUCAUAAGGAAAUUACUUGCUCACUGUUUUGGGGU